GCAAGUCCUGAAACCUACUACUGGGUUUGUGUUGACCAAUGGAUGAGGAUGAAAUCAUGUGAGCGUGUGCUAGCCUCGCAGUGCCAUGGACUUGUAGCUGGGCAAAAUCUCACCUCAAUGGACUGGGGGCCUCUUCUGCAUGUGGCUGACCUUCUGUCAUUAACCUGAGAGGAGUUUCUACGGUGUCAGAGCAGACACUGGACUCAGACCAGGAAAGAAAACCAGACUGGUCAGACGGUGAACGCAGCCCUGUUAUCACUGUGUCAACAUGAGGAACUCAUUGUCCGGCCAUUUUCAAGGAAAGCUGAUUCUACCUAAAUGAAGACAGUGCAGCACAGACCUCGAAGCAGGGCUGACUGACCGACUGACUGACUGAGUGAGUGGGUUUGCCCGCUGACUGGAGCUGUGGCUAUUUGAGGACUUUGAGGACACGUAGCCCUGGGCAGGUACGGGUCGGGAGCCACCAUGGGGGAGACGGCAGAAUACCAGAGGCUGCAGGACACGUCAGAGUCUGACUACCAACGCCUGCCCAGCGAUGACGAAGAGAAACUGGGCAGUAGCAUGCAGUGCGAGGAAGGCACAGAAUGGCUGCUGGAACUGCUGAUGGAGGUGCAGUUGCAGCAGUACUUCCUGCGGAUCCGAGAUGACCUUAACGUCACGAGGCUCUCACACUUUGACUAUGUCAAGAACGAAGACCUGGAGAAGAUCGGCAUGGGUCGACCUGGACAGAGACGACUGUGGGAGGCUGUGAAAAGGAGGAAAACCAUGUGCAAGCGCAAGUCCUGGAUGAGCAAGGUGUUUAGUGGUAAGCGCCCAGACGGAGGAGACUUCCCCCAGCAGGGCCAACCGGCCUCCUCCUUUCGUAAGCUGUCUCCCACGCCUCCACUGGGCCUGGGCGAGGGGGUCCUGGCCACAGAGCCCGGCGGCGGUGGUGGUGGUGGUGGUGCUCCUCUGGACGGGCAGCAGCAGGCUCUGACCUGCCUCAUCCCAGAAAAGGAUCUGACGCUGUUUGAGAAGCUGGGGGACGGAUCCUUUGGUGUAGUGAAGAGAGGGGAGUGGCUGACGCCUGCAGGAAAGGUGCUGAACGUAGCUGUCAAGUGUUUGAAGACAGAUGUGCUCAACCAGCCCGACGCUCUGGAGGACUUUAUCUGUGAGGUCAACGCCAUGCACUCCCUGGACCACCAGAACCUCAUUCGCCUCUACGGUGUGGUGCUCACACACCCAAUGAAGAUGGUGACUGAGCUGGCUCCUCUGGGUUCUCUGCUGGAGCGUCUGCGAUGUGUCCGUCCACAGGGCCCGGUGUUGAUCCACACUCUGUGUCAGUAUGCCGUGCAGGUGGCCUGUGGCAUGGCUUAUCUGGAGCAGAGGAGGUUCAUCCACAGGGACCUGGCAGCCAGGAACAUCCUGCUGGCCUCUGCUCACAGAGUGAAGAUCGGUGACUUUGGCCUGAUGAGGGCGCUGCCUAACAACCAUGAGCACUAUGUCAUGCAGGAGCAUCGAAAGGUCCCCUUUGCAUGGUGCGCUCCAGAGAGUCUGAAGACCAGAACGUUCUCCCAUGCUACAGACACAUGGAUGUUUGGAGUUACUCUCUGGGAGAUGUUCACACAUGGCCAAGAGCCUUGGCUGGGCCUUAAUGGGAGUCAGAUCCUGCACAAGAUUGAUAAAGAAGGUGAACGCCUCCCUAAGCCUGAAGACUGUCCACAGGACAUCUAUAAUGUCAUGCUGCAGUGUUGGGCCCAAAAACCAGACGACAGACCUACUUUUGUCGCCCUGAGUGAUUUCCUGCUUGAGACCAUGCCCACAGACAUGUGUGCCCUGCAGGACUUUGAUGAGCCUGACAAACUCCACAUCCAGAUCAACGAUGUCAUCACCAUCAUAGAGGGGAGGGCAGAGAACUACUGGUGGCGAGGUCAAAACAAGCGGACGCUUAAGGUCGGACAGUUCCCCAGAAACGUGGUGACGUCAGUCGCUGGUUUGUCAGCUCAUGACAUCAGCAGGCCGCUCAAGAACAGCUUCAUCCACACAGGACACGGAGACUCUAACCCUCAUCGCUGCUGGGGCUUCCCUGACAGGAUUGACGAUUUGUACCUCGGGAAUCCCAUGGAUCCCCCUGAUGUCCUUGGUGUAGACCUCAGUGGUGCUCGGCCCACGCAGCUACCAGGACGAGCUAGAAAGGAGCCUCCUCCUCGCCCUCCUCAACCAGCAGUGUUAAUCAAGAGUAAGUCUGGUUUCCCUCAGCAGCUCCUCACCCAUUGCUCCUGCCCUCUCUGUUCCCUCCUAGCUCCACUCCUCAAAGAGCCUUGCUAUGAUCCAGUAAACGAUGAUGAGGAUCUGACUUCGGCAGGACUAAAGAGAUUAUCACUUCGGAAAACGGGUUCUCUCAAAGGCUUAAAACUGAAACCCGCUGCAUGGGUCUCUGCUUCCAAACAGGGGAGUGGCCGGACUUCAGGCUCAGGCUACAACCCCAACAGUGAAGUGUCCCUCAUUGACUUUGGGGAGGAGUUCCCCCCGCCCACACCCUCCCCCUCCCCUGUGGUUGAAAUUCAUGUUCCUUCAUUGGCUAAGCUAGCAUUGGAAGCGGAGAACAUCCUGGACCGGACUCCACCUCAGAGUCCGUGCAAAUCAUUGCCCCGCCCACUUCACCCUACGCCAGUAGUGGACUGGGAUGCCCGGCCAUUACCGCCACCCCCGGCCUAUGACGAUGUAGCCCAAGAUGAAGACGAUAUGGAGGUGAGCUCUAUCAACAGCUCGGAGCAGCAGCAUGAAGAGGAGCAGAGUGAUGUCCACUGCUCAGAUGAGGUUCUCUCCCAUGGACAGAAGGUGGAAGGUGAGGUUCUGGUCUCCAGGGGUACAGACAGACCAGGCCUGGAGGACAACCUCUUCCUGCCAAGCAAACAGAGCCAGGGCCUGUCCACCUCCUUCUCCCAGUCAGCAGAGAUCUUCCAAGAACUCCAGCAAGAGUGCAUGAGAAGGCUCAAUGUACCCACUGGAAGCGCUGCACGAUCAGGCUCGCCGUCCCAGGUCUCAGCCUCGUGUCCACAGACUCCACAGACCCAGCAGAGUGUCCUCUCCUCCAAUGAGGACAAACCCCAGAUCCCCCCACGUGUCCCCAUACCCCCUCGCCCCAUAAAAAGGGGCGACUACACGUCUGCUCGCUGGUCAAGGGAUCUUUCCCUGUCACCAACGCCAGCUGACACCACAGAGGACAUUUCAGGCCCAGGACAGGACCGACCACCUCAGAUCCCCCCAAGGGAUCCUUUGUCACAACCAGGCUCCAGGACUCCCAGCCCCAUGGGUCUGGUAGUGGGCUCCCCCCAGCAGAGAGUCUACUCUGUCAGCCCCACCACCAUGCAGGCCCCCCUCACCUCCUGCGCCUCCACACACACCUACGGCUCCUACCUCUCCACCUCUCCAGGUAAACUCAUGCCCACCACACACAGCUUUGCCUCAGAUCCUAAAUAUGCUGCACCCAAAGUGAUCCAGGCGCAGGGGAAGGAUGCCACCAGUAAAGGCCCCUGUAUCCUCCCCAUCGUCCGUGACGGACGUAAAGUCAGUAACACCCACUAUUAUCUUUUGCCUGAGAGGCCCCCAUACCUCGACCGUUACGACCGCUUUUUCAGGGAGGCAGAGAACCUUCCUGCCACUGGUCUGGAGGAAAGGCAUGUACGGCAAGCUAACACUGCCACUGUCAGACCCAUGGUGGUAAGCAACCAGACCCUCCAGGGACACGCCCAGGGACAGGGGCUUGUCCAGCCAGGCGAGCUGAAGGCUAAUUUCUCCUCCAACAAUAACAGCAGUCUGGGUGGGCCACGGUCAGGGAUGAAGACAUCAGUUAGCCUCCCUCGUGUCUGUUCAGACGGGCUGACAGCACUGGUGGUCCCUGCUUCCUGCACCAGGACAGACGGAGGGGGGAACUCAGCUGACAGGGUGAAAAUGGUGCAGGAGGCAGUUCAUGGUGUGACUAUAGAGGAGUGCCAAGCCGCCCUCCAGAACCACAACUGGAAUGUCCAGAAAGCUGUGCAUUAUCUAAAGGUGGAGCAGUUGUUCUGUUUGGGUCUGAGGAGCAGGUCAGAGUGUCUAAAGCUGCUGGAGAUGUGUGACUGGAACCUGGAGGUGGCCAGCACUCAGAUGUUAGAUAACUAUGGAUCCACAACAAGACAGAGACGGUGACAGAAAUCUGAAGCUGCUGAGCUGUGAUGGGAACUUCAUCCUCAGUAAAACAUCAUCAGAGGAAGCAAACCUGCUCCUUGCCCUUUACGCUUCAGACACGCUUCCAAUCAGAGGACUGUGAUUUGGAAGAAUCAGGCAAAUUUUCUCUGAACUAGCACAAAAUACCAAACUUUAUUAUGGCUCCAUUCAUACUUAACAUGGACAAAGGAAUUUAGUCUCGGGGCUAGACUCCUAUUUAGACUUUGGUGUGAAAGAUAUGUGAUUGUUGCACACUUAAGAAAUAGUAGACCGCCAUCUAUCGUCUUCUUAGAACUGUUCAAAGACAAAAAUGACACUGUACUUGGUCAAUUUCAUUUGUCUUCCUAACAGAUCCCCACAGUGUCACAGAUCCUGUGCGCUACAAUACUCAGUCACAUCCACUUACUGGUAUCCUCACGCUGCUAUGACAGUGUUGACCAACUGCAGAGAGAUACUUAUUCUGUUAACAGCAUUAAAAAAUCAGUUUAAAAGGCAAUCUGAAAAAUGAGUUAAACAGCACAAUAUACACAGUAGCACUUCCUAAAAAAAGCUCUGUACUUUGCCACGAGGUCACUGUAUUGUGUCAGAAUAUGCCAUGAACUAGUUCAGUUGGAAUGAAAACUCAUUAAGUGAACCGUGUCAGAAUUUAUCCUAAAUACUGUACAGUGUGCAGAUAGUUCAUUAAAGGUCAACUUCCUGAAUUGACAUCUGUAGCUUCACUUAAAAGCAAUUCUUUUGAAGACCAAUUUAAAAACAAGAUGUUGUACCUCUACCAUGUAAAAGCACAACGAAAUACAAAGCUAGUAUUUAAUUGGCUGUCCAGGCCAUACUGUACAGGAAACAGUUGUCCUGUUUACAGUUGUAAAGAAGGGUGGGGAUGUGAUAAUGCUGCUGAAAGCUUGUGGUGUAGAAAGAAAAUACUGUUGCAAAAGACUUCUCUUAUCUUCAAUAAUUUGUGUAAUACAUUUUAUAGUUUGGUGAGGGACGUUAGCCAGCAUCAAUGCUGCACUGUUCGAGUCAAAUGUCGAUCCGGUCUAGUAUUGACCGAAAUCUAGAAAAUGAAUGGAGACAGAGGAUCAGAGAGGUAGUUUGCCUAAGAUUCCCUUCUGUUAAAGACUUACAAAGGGUAGAGCAGUGUACCCUUCAUAAAGAGACAUUUAUGUAUUUGUGAACAAAAUGUUUUAAUAUAUUUUAAAAGUGCUCAGAGACAAGAGAAAACUGUUAUGUCCAUUACAGGGCAGGCCAUUUGUUAAAUUAUUUUAAUGCGUCACUCCUUAAUCACCAAUCUACAACUAAUUCCACACAUUUCACCAGAACAAAAAGGUUCCACCCAGUCAGUGGAAACUUACUACACUCCAGAUCUACAGUAGCCUUUCCUUAUUCCUUCCCUCUAAGCACUUUGCCUACACAGAACUCCUAUGCAUCAGCUGAAAACUCCUGCCAGCUUGGUAUUUUCUGUACGGACCCAGACUACGUUGGCAGCUAAUAACAGCAGCGUUGUGAAAUUUGCCCCAGGGCACACAUCCUGUCCCAUAAUCAUCACUUAAAACCACAACUGUGAUAUUUUGGUCAGCAGCUUUAGGGGCAAUAAUUUAAAACUAGGAGGACGUGUCAGUUCUGGGUGAACUCACUCACUGAGGGAUGUGACAAUACAUCUCCUGACUGGGUAUUGUCACAGUAGAGCCCUCAGCAAGGAACGGUUCAAAACUCAGUUAAUACAGAAAGUUUUUGGACCUGUCCAGGGUUUUAUUCUGGAUGUGAGGACACUGUUAAAAAGGAAGGGAAAUAAAAGGCAGUAUACACACUUUGACUGUUAAAAUUUACUUUUAUGUCAACCAAAUGCCCCAAAAAACAUACUUUAGGCAAUUUAUGGUUAACACACAUAAUACCUACAGCGCUUCUCUCUAUAGAAAAAAAGAAGCCUCUUUGCCACUUGGUACCCAUCUAUUUAAAUUACAAUAUAAAUGUCCACAUGUAAACACUGGCUUUGCUCCAAACCGACCCACCCCCUCCAUAUGUCCACAAAAGCCCCAGUAUGUCACAGGUCUGAGCACAAUCUGUUUGGGUGGAAACUUCAAAUGGCCUCUGAAAAAGCUAAUAUGGAACCACCACAAGCCCGCUACCUGCCUAGACACAUUAAGAAGCUUAAAGAAAGUAAAUAUACAGAAACGUGUUUGGAAUAUAUUUAUAAAGGAUGUACAGGACUAAUUUUGGAUGACAACCUCCAGUAAAAGCUUCCUCUUGUGUGCAAUAAGGCUGCUGUAGAACCUGUAACCUCCCAGUCUGUCCAUCCUUCAGUGCCAUCCGGUUGUGUAAAAAAAAAAAAAGCUUUCAUCUCUGUCAUGAUGUAUCCUAGUCACUGAAUGCACAGGGAAAAUGGCUUUCAGUAUGAAAUGUUUGGUGACUCAGUUUCCCUCCCCAGAGUAGGAUGAAAGUUGUCCUUGAACACUGAUCCAGAGUCAGUUUUGCCAUGUUCCCCCUCGGAUGUGUUGUGGCAAAGCUGAUUGUUAACCAGUGCAUAAGAACAACUUGAUGUGAGCGGUGCCUCCACAGUCUGUCCAUGUGUUGUUUGUCUUUAUACCAAGCUGCUGUAGUUGCAUUGAAGGACUGAAGUAAACCUUGUGGUGUUAUGAUCAACCUAAAGCAACAUUCUCUCGUUGUGAUGUUGAGACUCUGAUGUUAGAAAACUGUUCAGUUCUGUUUAGCCUUUGUUUGCCAGAUCAUUUAUAUUGUUUUUGCUGUUUUUCCUUCAAUCCAACUUGCCAUUUCUUCCUCAUUUGUAUGUAUUUGCUUCCCAGAAUGUGUUUUAUUUUAAAUGCCUACUGUACAGUUGGUUUUCAUUGUUUCUCUCCUCCUGAGUUGAUAAAAAUGUUCAAGAGAAGUUCAUGCUGCCGAAUUUAUAAAUGUAUUUUUUAUUAAAGAAUUACUUAUUUUUUACUUAUGUUUAA